CACCCUCUAACACCAAUCACAUGUACCCGUUUUUUUCUAUAUCAAUGGUUUCACGUUUAUAUAUAUAGACUUACAUAAAAUUUCUGCUGAAACACUUUUCUAUAAAGUUUACGUGUGAUAUUUCGUUUGCUCAGAGAGCAAAAUAAUGGUUGCUCAGGAAUUCAUUGACUUGUUCAAUUCAAUAUCGUUGGCACAACGUUCUACUGUUGAAGAUUUUGCUGAUCGAUUAAAUUUAUUCACUGUGAUUUUACUGCUUGUCACUUGUAUUAUUGUUUCAACAAAACAAUAUUUAUUAAAUUCAAUUUCAUGCUAUAUACCAGUGAAACCAGCUGGAGAAAAUUUCAAUGAUUAUCUUGCAAAUUAUUGUUGGGUACAUGGAACAAUUCCAUUGGCUGAUGAUGAAAGAAUGCCAACUACAGAAGCUCAAUGGGAAGAAUAUGAUUCAACACGAAGAAUUACUUAUUAUCAAUGGGUACCGUUUGUACUUGGCCUACAGUGCAUAUUAUUUUAUAUUCCACAUAUUGCUUGGCAAGCUGCUUGCGCUUGUCGUUCUGGUGGUGAUAUGUUUUCAUUAGUAAAAUCAGCGGCAGAUGCUGCUAUACUAUCUCGAGAAGAUCGUCAGAAAGCAGUAGCUCGUGUAGCAGAAUUCAUCGAGGACAUGAUUGGAAUGCACAAAGAAUGUAGGACAGGUAGACGUGCUAAACUAACUAAAACAGCUGCUCAAUUUAGUGGGAUAUUUGUAGCUAGUAAAAGACUCGGUACAAAUUUGAUAUUUUCUUAUUUCUGCGUAAAAAUUAUUACAAUUAUUAAUGCUGCAUUACAAAUAUUUUUAAUUCAACGUUUUUUGGGCUUCUAUUCAAAUGGUAGUGCAAGUCGACGUAGUUUACAAUUAGGCAAAGUGACUGAUUUUAAAGCAUUAAGUGAUUUAUCCUAUUCAGACAAUGAAAAUGUUGAGGGUUAUGGAUUUGGUUUAACUGUUGUUAAUCAUAUACGUGCUGGACGUGAUUGGCCUGAAACUAUGCUAUUUCCACGUGUAGCAUAUUGUCGUGUACCGGGUAUACGAUUAGUUGGUGUAAAGAAUUCAUACACUGCCCAAUGUGCACUACCUAUAAAUAUGUUAAAUGAAAAAAUUUAUAUAUUUUUCUGGUUUUGGAUUGUUUUCUUACUUAUCACAUGUAUUCUUAGUUUAUUAUUAUGGCUUGUACGUAUGAUUUUAGCAUCAAAACGUAAAGAUUUCAUUAAACGUUAUCUUCGAUUAAAAGGUGUUCAUUCAUUGAAAGGUGAUGAAUUAAAAAGAAGUGAUUUAGAUGAAUUUAUUGAUAAAUAUUUACGUGCUGAUGGUGUAUUCAUCAUUCGUAUGUUGACUAUCAAUUCAGGUGAUGUUAUUACAGGAGAAAUUGUCACUGAACUAUAUCAAAACUUUAUUGAUCAUUAUAAUAAAGAACAUUCCAUAGAUAAAGAACAAGAUCCAAUGAAAUCAGAAAAAAUUGGAUUUAAGAAUCUUGUUUAAUUUUGUUUAAAUAUGUUAAAAAGUUUUUCAAUCUAUAUGAAUAUGAUGUAUCAGGUUAGUAAUGAUCAUUUGAAACAACAUUGAAUUAAAAGAAAUUCAAAUUAUUUGUGAUUAACAACGAUGACAACAACAAUACGAACAACAACAACACCAAGAACGUCUACAUUUUGAUUGACUUUUCACUUACCUCUUUUUUCUUUCUUCUUACUAUGAAUAAAAUAUAGAUUAUUUUUAUGAAAAAUAAAAAAGAGUCAAGUCUGUUUUAAUGUUAGCACUAGAUGUUUUAUUAAAAUGUUAGGUAUUAUUGUCAUUAUUAUUACUAUGAAUACGAUUAUUAUUAUUAUUACUAUUAUUACUAACUCUUUGAAAUUGUCUGCUAAUCAGCUAUGAAAGCUUUAUUAGUAAUUUUUCUGAUAUUUUUUAUUUUUCUAUACAACGAAUUAUUAAAAUUAGCACCUUAUAUAUUUACAUACAUAUAUGGCUUUUUUAAAAUGUUAAAUACUUUGAUAUAAUACAUCAGACUAAUACAAUAAA